AUGUUGGAACCUGACAUCGCGGAAGAGAAGAUAGCGACAGAUAUGAUCGAGCAUGUGGAGAGUGUGGACGGCACCAGUGAAACGGAGCCACCGACGCUUUCCCGGGCUGAGCGUCGCAAGCUGUACUGGAAGAUAGACAUGCGGCUCAUGCCCAUCCUAACCUUGAUAGAGCUGCUCUGCACUCUGGACAAAGGUAGUAACGCGAAGAUUCAAGGACUUGUAACACAGCUGCACCUCACAGGAAACAAAUACAAUGCCGCUUUGGCGUUGUAUUUUCUCCCAUAUAUUUUGUUCGAGUGUCCUGCAGGCUUGCUCACGAAGAGGUUACGACCGUCAAGAUGGCUUCCUGCCCUUACGAUUAUUUGGGGAAUCAUCACGACACUCAUGGGCCUGGUCACAAACUAUCGUCAGCUCGUUGGUGUCCGGAUCGUACUUGGCGCCGUCGAGGCAGGCAUUUUCCCCGGCGCAUGCUGGUACCUGUCGAUGUGGUACCCCCGGCACGAGCUCCAGUACCGAGUCGCGCUCUUCUGGGGCGGCGCGACGAUCGCGGGCGCCAUCUCGGGCGCGCUCGCCUUCGGGAUUUCGUUCAUGUCCGGUGUCGGGGGCAAGGAGGGCUGGUCGUGGAUCUUCAUCCUUGAGGGCCUUAUUACAGCCAUCGUUGGCGUCAUCUCACUAUUUGUCCUUGUCGACUUUCCCAGCACCGCGUCCUUCCUGACGCCUCGAGAGCGGGCGUAUGUCCUGCAUCAGAAGAAGUUUGAUAACUCCUUGCAUGGUGAGGAGGAGAUGUUCCGUUGGCGAUACGUUUUGGCUGCUUUCCUCGACUGGAAGACAUGGACGCAUGCGAUCAUGUUCAUCUCGCUAGUCGGCCCCCUGUACGGCAUCUCCUUCUUCCUCCCGUCCAUCAUCAACGGCUUCGGCUUCAGUCCCGCGGCCAGCCAGCUGCUCACGGUGCCGCCGUACAUCUUCGGCGCGCUCCUCGGGCUCGCCGGCGCGGUGCUCUCGGACGCGCACAAGCUCCGCUGGCCGUUCGUCCUCGCGGGGCACGCGAUGUGCGCCCUCGGCUUCGGCAUCCAGAUCUCGAACGCGCACUUCGCGGUCAAGUACUUCGGCACGUUCUUCUGCGUCGCCGGGAGCUACGGCAUGUUCCCCGGCGUCGCGAGCUGGACCUCGAAUAACACCGCAGGGCAGUACAAGCGUGGCACUGCUAUUGCGAUUAACGUUGCGUUUGGGAACCUUGCUGGGUCUAUCGCUUCCAUUCUCUACCGUUCUCAAGACGCGCCGAGGUAUAUUCUGGGCGAUGCAAUUGAGCUGAUGUUCGUCGGCAUGGGCGUAAUCUCACUUGCAGUGACCGUCUUCGUCUAUUCCAGGAUCAACGCGAAGCGUGAGAAGGAAAUGGCUUUACUCAAGGAAAAAGGCGUGGCCUACAAUGGUGCCGAAUUCAGGGAGAUGGGGGAUCACGCGCCAGACUUCAGAUAUACACUUUGA